AGAAAGAAAGAGAGAGAGUAUGCAGCAGCAGUAUCACAUACGACGGUGGUGGGGGAAGGCACAUCGAGGGUCGCAUAUCGCGAGGGGUCGCGUCAAGUUGGCGUGGGUCACCGGCCGCAGUACCGCGCGUCGCUUCGUCUCAUUCGAUUCGUUUCUCUUUCGUUCUAGUCGUCUCGUUCUCGCUUUGUGUCGUCUUCUCUCGUUUUACUCCAAAGAGAAGUUAGCAGUCGUCAGUGCAAGGUAGCGCGUUUCGCGACGGAAAAAACUUUUCAUAUAAGAGAAAAAAAAUGACGAUUACUUGAGGCGUCGGGAAGAUUUCGAACAAUAGAGGAAAAAGGAAAGAAAACAAAAGAAAAACAAAAUAAGAAAAAUAGAAAGGGAAAGAACAACAACCGAAACGAAGCACCAUAAAAACAUAGAGGUUCGGAUCGUUGUCCUUCCUCUAUUUUUUUUUCUCUUUCUCUUUCUCUCUCUCUUUCUCUUUUUCUUUUUUCCUUUCUCUCUCGUUGAGAAGGAAUAGUGGUGGUGGUGGUGGUGGCAGCAGCGAGUCUCGAGGGAAGUACGAAAAGGAUGCGGUGCAUCGAGUCGUUGGCGUUCCUCGUCCUAUGCCUGCUGCUGAGGCUGAUUCUCGCGGAAGAUGGUGACUUAUACUUCUCAGUAAGUCCUGCUGAGCAUUCGGUGGUCGAAGGACAUCCGGUUCGUCUUAGAUGCGAGGCUCAGCCGAGUACUUUCGUUCAAUACUCCUGGAAGAUCGAUGGAAAACCAUUGGCACCGAGUCCAAGAAGGCAUCACGUUGGCGGUGAUCUCUACAUAACUAGAGUCGAUCGGAUACUCGAUAGUGGAAACUUUGUUUGUGUAGCGACUCAUGUGGAAACUGGUUACUCGAUCGAGAGCUCGCCAGCUAAAAUCGACGUACAAUGGAUAAGCGAAGCAAGCGUUCAACUGCAGCAACCAAAAUUGCCAUCACCUAUUCAGGUUGGUGGCGAGGUUGAGCUACGAUGUCACGUCGAUGGAUCCGGAGACAUGAAAUACGGCUGGUUCAAGAAUACAGCAAGUAUAACGAAAAGCGAUAGACUUGAAAUAAAAAAGAAAAAAUUGCACAUACAUCGCGUUAUGCCAGAGGAUAGUGGUAUGUACACUUGUGUGGCACAAAACGAAGCUGGUUCCUCACCGAUUAGUGACAGUUAUCCUCUGGUUGUAACCGGAAACGAGACGGCCACAAUAAAACUCGUACCAAGGAAUCUAAUAGUUAAACGUGGUGAAUCAGCUGUCUUUGAUUGUUUCUUCGAGGAUGCUGAUGUUGUUCAGUGGUUUUUCAAUAACAUUGGACCUUUGGAAUCAGAUGAAGAAAAAACUGUUUUUGAUAACGGCACCCUCCUUAUACGCGCCGCUGAACACAGAGAUCAUGGUUUUUAUUCAUGUCAUGGACAAAGGAUUGACACCACACAGACAUAUACAGUCGAAUUGCGAAUCGCUUCUCUAAUGAAUCUCUCCGCGGCAUCUUUCGAACCCACUUUACCGAAUCAAGUGGCUAUAGUCGGCGAAGAUCAGGAACUACAAGUUAGCUGUUUGGAACCCUGCGGUGUACCGACUCCUAAGGUUUAUUGGAGAGAUCCCAAGGGUCAUAUUAUAAGUGACGCGGGUCCCAUUCGCGUUCAGGACAAUACGCUCAUUAUUGGGAAAGCUCAAAUAAACGAGGACGAUGGAAAUUAUACUUGCGUUGCUGAGAAUCUUGCCGGUGAGACUGACAUGUCCGUUCAAGUGGUAAUAUCAACACCACCAACAUUGAUCAAUUCGCCAGAAUCAUUAAGCGUGAUGGAAAGUGAGCCCGUUACAAUGACUUGUUCUUAUUCCGGUAUGGAAUCACCUGUUACACACGUUCGAUGGUUCAAAGAUGGCGAACCUUUGAAAGAAACCGGCGGACCAACUAGACAUCGUGUUACCGAUCAUCACGGUAACGUUACUUUACAUUUCAAAAGUGUUGACUUAUCGGACAAAGGUAUAUACGUUUGCGAGAUAGAAACUAAGGGCUUCCUACCCAUAUUCUCCGAUCCGGCUACGUUAACGAUCGAAGAGAAACUGAAAUUUUCACCGCCUCCUGUCAACAAACGUUUAGAACUUGGAUCAACUGCUAAAGUUUCUUGCAAGGCUCAGGGUGCCACGAAUCCAAUGGUAAAAUGGAUCAAAGAAGGUGACGGUGAAGAUUUUCCAAAACACGUUCAAGAUAUCAAUGGGACGCUUCAUUUCAAUGGUGUUUUAGAAGAGGACAAAGGUCGUUACACUUGCAUAGCUAGUAAUAUGCAAGGAUCAAUAAAUCAUACGAUUAACAUCGACGUAGUGAUUGCACCAAAGUUCACGAUACAACCACAAAAUCCUACCGAAGCUAUUGAAGGUUACCCGGUGAUGUUGCAUUGUGCUGCCGAAGGCGAUCCUAAACCUACCAUUCAAUGGGACAAAGACUCCCGUAUGAAUAAUUUGGAAAAUCCCCGUUUUGAGGUACUUCCUAAUGGAAGUCUUUACAUCAAGGAGGUAUAUCUCGGUGAUGAAGGAAAGUAUGGUUGCACGGCUGGUAAUAGUGGAGGUUUAAAAAGAGAGGAAGUUCAGUUAAAUGUGAAAGCCGGUGACAGCUAUAGAUCGGAUUUGGAUUUGGAAGCUGGUGACGAUGGUUCGAUGAUGACAAAGACGGUCACUAUUACUCUCAGUGCUGCUGCUGCUUAUAUGGUUCUGGUCGUUGGUCUUAUGUUGUACUGUCGUUAUCGACGUCGUAGGAGGAAGCAACAAUAUCUUCAAGAACAAGCUGAGGAAAAAUUAGAGAACGGCGAAGUACAGGAAGAACAAACGGAAUUGAAGGAGACCAGUCAUAAAACUAAUUCAACAAGUAAGAAGAAGGAAAAUCGUGAUUCUCAAAACAAAAGCGACGGGGCUGACACAGCACAAAGUCAAAGUAGCAAUCAAUCGAAGAGAUCGAAGUCGAAUUACGAUAAGAUAGCGGUAUCACGUACGAAUUUGAAGGAACUUAAACCAUUGGGUAGAGGCGAGUUCGGUGAAAUUUAUGCGACGAAGUAUCAAUUGGACGGUGAUAAGGAAAGUUUGGUUAUGGUUAAAAGUUUGACCAAUACGAAGGACGAGAUUGCAUUGCAGGAGUUCAAACGUCACUUGGAUCUCUUGCAUAAGCUCAAUCACGAGAAUGUUGUCAAGUUGAUUGGACUAUGUCGCGAGGAGGAACCGGAUUAUAUGAUUUUGGAAUAUACCGAUUGGGGAGAUCUCAAACAGUUCUUGAUUGCAUCAAGAAAGGACAACAAUAGUAGUCCAUCGCAUGAGUCUAAACCACCACGUGCCCCUCAACUCUCUGUAGCACAGAUAUUGUCCUUAUCAAAUCAGGCCGCGAGAGGUUUGAAACAUUUAGCUGACAGUCGAUUGGUCCAUAAGGAUAUAGCAGCACGUAAUUGUCUGAUCGCAAGUAAUCUAACCAUCAAGAUAUCUCUACCUUGCAUGAGUAAGGAACCGUAUCAUCAAGAAUACACGAAACAUCGGAACCAAGUGAUACCUCUAAGAUGGCUACCUUAUGAAGCUGUCUAUGAGGACGAAUAUUCUACCAAGAGUGACGUAUAUUCUUUCUCCUGUCUUGUAUGGGAAAUGUUUCAUCAGGGUGAAUUACCCUUCAACAAAAUGAAUGACGAAUCCGUUCUUGCUCAAUUAAAGUCAUUGACGUUAACGUGGAAACCGCAUAAAGCGGCACCGCCAACCUUGCAGGAACUUCAGAUACAGUGUUGGGCGAACGAUCCCAGAGAGAGGCCAACCUUCGACGAGGUUGUCUCGAAAAUAGGUGAAAUCGUCGUCGAUAGUUGUCUCUAAUUUAUUCGUCGUUGUCGUCGUAAAAUACAAAAAAAAAGAAAGAAAGAAAGGAAGAUAGAAAAGGAAAAGAAAAGGAAAGGAAAAGAAAAGAAAAAGAAAAAGACAAAGAAAACGAACCUCCAAAUUUACUGAAUAUUGCGAUAGGGAUAAUAAUUGUGUAAGGUUGUUUUAACCGCAAACGACGUUUAAUUGCGAAACGUUAGUUAAGCUUGCUUCGAUGUGAAAACCGGAAAUAAUUUGAAAAACGAAACCAAACCAAAUCGUCCAAGAUUGCAAGAUCUUAAGUGUGUUCUCUUUCUCAUCGAGUAUGUAUAUAACCGAAUGUUUAUAUCGUCGUUUUGAUAAAAAUGAAUGAAAGAAAGAAAGAAAGAAAGAAAAAAAAAGCAAAAAGAAGAGUUAAACUUUAUUUUGCAUAAAAGGCAUAAAAGGAUAUUCAUAGAAUAAUUAAGCUCGAAAUUUUUAAUAUAAACCUUUCAAUUACUGGUUUCACAUCGUUGAUCUUGCUAUAAUUGUCGUAUCGAUAAUUAAAAAUGAUCGAUAUUAUUGGCUUUUGUCGCAUAAAAAGGAAAAAAAAUUAUGACUGGUCGUUAAUAACUAAUUAAAAGGCCUCGCCGCGCAUCGCUUGGUAUCAUCGAUCAUAUAUCUACGAAUUUUGAUAUAUAUAUAUAUAUAUACAUAUACAUAUAUAUAUAUGUAUGUAUAGAAUCAUCAGGCCUUUGUGUAAAAUGAAAAGAAACGCUUAUUAUUCGUUAAUUUAAUCGUCUUUGUCAAAAUUUAUUAUCAUAUUAAGCGAUACGUCCACUAUGAUACGAAGAAAAAAAGGAAACCAUCACUUUUGAGUAUUUUUCUCGAUAUACAGGGUGUCUGAAGAAAGAAAGAAAAAGAAAAAAAGAAAGAAAAAAAAAAUACUUGGUCAGGUUCUAAUCCUAUUUCGUAAUAAAAAUUAUUAUAUCAGAGUAGAUUUUGUUGUUUGAUAAACUUUAACAAGCGAAAUAUCGCGAUAACUAUCAAUGAUAACAAACAUGGCCUAUUAUUGAUAAUAACAUUUUUUUUUUUAUUAAGAAUUAUCUUUAGAAUGUAACGAAUUAUUCAUUUUUCUUCUAGGACAUUCUGUAUACAUUGUAGUAACAUAUUUUAAAUAUUUCGAGUGUAACGUAUGAAAGGAAAGAAAAGAAAAGAAAAGAAAGAAAAAGAACAAAGAAAAAGAAAGAAAAGAAAGAAACAGACAAACAAAAACAAAGAAAAUCCAUUGGAUUGUCGUUUGUUGUCAACGUCGAAUUAUUUCACAUAUGGUGAUGCAUUUUCAAUCAUCGAAAUCACAUAAACGAGGCGUCAAUGUUUUGCGUUUAUUGCAGAACGUCGCUCAUUAACUUCGCAAUCAUUAUUCGUAUUACGGUGUUUUUGUCGCGUCCAUUAGAUAAGGGUAAUAAUAUUUAUUUCCAAUUAGGAUGUCCGCUCCAAUGAAUGCUACCGUGUCCAGGUUAAGUAAUAUUAAUAUUAAUAUUAUUAAUAAUAGUAAAAUAUAAUAUAAUAAUAAUAAUAAUAAUAAUAAUAAUAAUAAUAAUAAUAAUAAUAACGAUAAUCAUGCAUACGAAUCCAAUACACGUAAACGAUAUUAUAUACUUAAAUGCAAUACUUAGUAUUCAAUAUCAAUAUGUAAUAAUAAUAAUAAUAAUACUAAUAAUAAUAAUAAUAAUAAUAAUAAUAAUAAUAAUAAUAAUAAUAAUAAUAAUAAUAAUAAUAAUAGUAAUAAUAGGUAUGGCCACUACAUCGAAUACUCUUAAGGAUAAGUAACUCGAUAGGAAAAUCGAAGAAAAGUAACGACACGAACGUUUUCGAUCGAUCGAAAUCAUGUUUGAAGAGAAAGAACGUGACGAUAAUUAAAAAAAAAAGUAUCGUUAUUAUUAUAACGACGAACGCGAUCUUGUAUUCGCAUUAAAUUCUUUUUCUUUUUUAUUUUUUAUUUCUUUUUUUUUUGUUUUUUUUCUUUUAUUUCUCAACAUUUCUCAUCAUUCGUACGUCGUUGUUGUUAAAAAAAAAAGAAAAAACAAAGAGAAGGAACAAUAACAAAAAAAAAAAUGAAAGACGGAUUUGUAUAUACCGGCUGUGUAAGAUGAACUUUUUUUAACGUUUAACGUUUUUUUACAAACGUUUUGUUUUAUUUUCUUUUUUUUUUUAUUUCCUUAUUGAACUGUAAUAAAAUUUCACUAUUUUUGCAUUGUACGCGAGUGUUAGUUUAUAAGAAUCUAAUGAUGACUUUCUACAUUUUUUUCUUUUUUUUAAUUCGAUGUAAUUUUUACGUAUAUAUAAAUAUAUAUAUAUUUUUUUUUCUCUCUCUUUUUCUUCGUAUUUAAACUUUUAUUUUUACUUUGUAAUAUUUGUAGAUAGACUUAAAAUGAUUUUAGAGCGCGACUUUAGCCGUGCGAUCUUUAGCCGUUAAAGUAGAAAGAACGAGAAAUAACGAAAAGAAAAAAGGAAGAAAAAUAAAUAACAACAAAACAGAAAGAAAACAUUUCGAAACGUAUUUUCAUACAACGAAAUAAUUAAGUUCUUUUUUUUUUUCUUUGCGUGCUCGCGAGACAGAGAAAGAAAGAGAGAAAUGAUCAAACCGAUUAGAAUUUUUGUUUUUAAAAUACAACGAUCGGAGAACAAAAUAUUAUAAAUAUUAUAAUAUAUUUAAUUUAAUCUAUCGGCGAUAUUAUGUAAAUUUAAAUUACUAUUUUAUGUUUCUGUAAAGUCAGAUAGAUAGGGUAUAACAGCAAGCAGAAACAUUUCUCGUUGAAAGCCAUAAACUGUGAAAUUAUUUAAUGGUAAUUGAUGAUAUAGUAAUCACAGUGCGUACGUAUCAUUAUCCCUAAAUAUUCUAAUUAUACUUACUAUCCGAGUACUUACUUAUGCGAAUUAUGAUCGAUUAUAAAAGAAAAGGAAACGAAACAACAACAAAAAAGAAAAGAAGAAGAACAAAAAAUAUCGAACAACGUACUACAUUGUAUUUUAUACAGAGUGAGAGUGAUAGAGAUAGAAUGUAUUUAAACAAUUUUUAAGCUUUUACGAUAACCACAAAGAUACAUGUCGCACAGCAAAUAUUUUUAUUUCUCUCGAUCGAUCGAUGAUUUUAUAUGUUAUCUUUUUAUACAAAAUUAUUGAAAAAGAAAAGUAAUAAAACAAAGAGAAAAAAAAAUAGCAUGCGAUUUGCAUAAUAUAUUCGGAUAGCUAACUGUUCGUGAUAUUAACCCUAGUUAAGCUCAUCACAAAAUAAUUUUAAAUUGUGUAGUUGGGGUGUACUACACUCUAGGCAUUUUGAACAGCUGUCAUUUAUACAGAAUGAAUAAUUUUUAUUUCAAAAAAAUAGUAUAUAUUCUUUGAAGCUUCGGAAAUAAUAAUCAGCAGAUAUGAAAACGCAUUUUCAAUUCUGUUAUUAUAAACAAAAUUCGUGAAUCAUGCACUGUGCAAAUUAUUUUAAUUAAGCUUAAAGUUGGUUUGGGGUGUUUCUACACUUCACAGGCACAACUAGGGUUAAACCACUCUGAUUGAUUUACUUGAAUUUCGAAUAAUAUAAUUGUAACAAUCAACAAAAUAGUAUUAUGCUAGUGGAUUUGGAUAAAUUUUAUAAGAAAUAUCCUUCCAGCGCUUAUGUCAUUUUCAUCAAUCGUACGACUCUGUAUACGCAUAAACGCAUAAUGUAUUAUACAUACAUACGUAAGUUCAUACAUACAUACAUACAUACUAUUCUACCGCAUAUAGGCAUACGAAUUAUCAAGGUUAAACACUGCCAAUCUUAUCUAAAUGCGAUAUUAAAGUGUCAUAAUCAUGUAACGAUAAGUAUUAGCAUUCGCGAAAUUUGUAGGGGAAAAAGAUGAAAACGAAGAAAAAAGGAAAGGUGAAAAGAAAAAAAUAACAAGAAAAAAAGAACGAAAUCCUUCCUUAAACUCGCUUCCUUUAUUAAUUAAUUAAUACUUCGCGAGAAGGGAUCGUGAGAAACAUUUUUAUAUAAAUUAUCCAAUUAUACUUUCAAUAUAAUUCAAAUAAUUGAUUAAUAAUGAAAACGAUAAAAAUAAAAAAUCGUAUCCGGAACAUUAUAUUUUCCACUUCGUGGAAAAAAAGAAAGAAAAAAGAAACAAAACCGAAGAAAUUUUGGAGAUCGUUCCAGUCGACAAUUUCUGAGAUGCUUCCUAGAUGUUUUUUAACAAAAAAAAAAAAAAAAAGAAAAAAAAACAAAAACGAUAAUUAAACGCUAAGAAGUAUUCUUGUAUGUAUUAUAAAUGCGUGUUAGGAACAUACCUUGCAACGAUCUCGUACAGAUUCCUCUUUUAAACCCCAAACCCAAACUCAACCCUCCAAACCUCGUAUAUUUCAAGGUCGUGUGGAAUAAGAAGAAGAAGAAGAAAAAAGCCGUACGUUCAUAUCAUUUUUUAGAAGCUGUUUUAUCGAGAAAUAUCGUCGCGUCGUCUUAGCGAGAUAUAUAAAAAGCGACCUAUCUAUGCCUAACACCCUAAUGUAUCUAGUCAUGUACGUUUCGAGACGUGGCGAGUAAAAAAGAAAACAAAAAAAAACGAAAAAAAAGAAAAGAAAAAGAAAAAAUAAGGAAAAUGCAAAAAGAAAGAAAAAAAAAGAAGAGAAGAACCGCAGCGAAUCCGCGAUUUAUAUACACGAACCUUUCAUAUCCUUAGGGCGCUCGAAAUCGAUUUCUUUUUUACAGUAUUUUGUAAAUAUUUGUACUUUUUUAUCUACAUACGUCGUACUCUCAUGAAUUUUUGGAAUAAUAUGUGCUACGAUUAAAUAAAAUAAAAAAAAGGAGAAACGAAA